CAGAAAAGAGACUGCGACUGCUCUUCGUCCGAACACCAGAACAAUGCAAAUUAACAUCUGACCCAUCGAGAGGUACUGAUAAGCCGGUUAUUAAUACCAGACCCUCGGCAGAUUAUCGGACAUUUGCGUGAUGAAUACCACUGCCAUUGGAAGCGCAUUGUUGCUCGCUCGGCUGUGGCUCCUGUUUCUCCUCGUGCCUCAGCCAGGAUCUGGCCAGCUGCUGGACGCAGCAUGCGGGAUUCGAGCUGGCUCGGUGGCCUCCAAGGUGAUUCGAGGCAACAUCGCUGGAUUGACCUCUAGCCCCUGGAUGGUGUUUCUUCACUCGACCGACGAUCGUUUUGUUUGCGGCGGAACCUUAAUCACUCCCCGACUGGUUCUGACGGCAGCUCAUUGUUUUCUGCCAGGCACACACCUGGUUGCCCGUCUGGGAGAGUAUCAAAGGAGCCAGGACGACAAGUGCCACAAUACCGCGGCAGGACCCUACUGCACAAUGAGAGAGGAGCACUAUGUGGAUGCUGGCUUUAGGAAUAGACUCUAUGAUAAGUCAACGCAGUCCAAUGAUAUUGCCAUUCUACGGAUGAUUACACCUGUGGUCUACAAAGACAACAUAAGGCCCAUCUGCAUCGUCCUGAACCCCAGGUGGAGGAACUUCAUUGAUAACCUUAAUCCCCUAGUCGGAACUGGAUGGGGCAGGACCCACAAUGAGCCCGACAGCGAUCACCUGAUGACCCUGAAUAUCCAACGCCAGGAUCCUGAGAUCUGCUCCGAAUAUAUCAACAGUCCUCCCCUUGCGAGCAAUCAAUUCUGUGCCGGCAACUUGGAAAGCAAUCUGUGCAAUGGCGAUUCUGGUGGGCCAGUGGGUGCAAUGGUUCGAAUCGGAGACAAAAUGCGUUUCGUUCAGAUCGGCAUUGCCAGCUACACGAACCGGCAGUGCGCCUAUGCCAGCGUUUUCACUGACGUUUUGAGCCACGCGAACUGGAUUCUCCAGGUGGUGCGAAACUACGGUGACGGUCAGCCCAUAGCACGGCAAGCUCGGACACAUAAUAGACCGAAUAGGGCACCGCAUAGGCGAACUCAAGCACCGAAAUGGAGUCCUCCGGCGGCCCAGAGUAGCCAUCGUCGUCAAAGCUAUACAUUUUACACGUCAUGGCCGGCAACCUGGUAGAAGCAGCACUAC